AUGCAUCUACCGAGCGGCGACCACACGGUGCGGUUUGGCGGAGUUCCGGAAGAGCCUGUUGAAGUCAAGGUGCAAAGCAAUGGCACUGUAACGACACAAGAGAACGGAACGAGCACUAACGGUACUAAUCAUACGAAUGGCGCUGUCUCACAAACAAAUGAGGUCCACAUAUCGCAUCCCGAGGACCUGGCGGCGGAUGCGGUUUUGGAUACCGUCCUUACCGCAUGGACAAUACUUAUUCAACGAUACCAGCGAGAUCUGUUCCAUCAGUUCACCUGGGCGCUCAAAGACGCUGGAGCCGACAAGACACAAUGUAUUCCAACACCCGACCUCGACCUACUGAAUCAGAAAGUAGCUGGGGGCUUGAAAGCCAAGCUUAGCGACGUAAGAUUGAAAGAUAUCAACCUCGAGAAAGCAACGAUUUCCUUGAAUGACGGAACGAAGGAAGAGUGGAGCUUCGAAGUUACACUCAACUUCCGACAAGGCUCGCUGUAUGCUACCUCGCAAUGGCACGCCCCGAAUCUGUCAAGACACCAGGCUGUGUCACAACUCCAUUUCUUUGCUUCGAUCCUUGAUACCCUGUUUAGUGAUCCUGAUCACCCGAUUUCGAACUUUCUGUCAAUUUCUCCGGAUGAACUAGAAGAGAUCUGGAAAUGGAACUCGCCCAUGCCCCCAGAUCUACAAACAUGUAUGCACGUGAUGGUUUCCGAGCAGGCCGCACUCAAUGGAGAGAAAACAGCGAUAGAGGCCUGGGACGGCAACCUCACAUACCGCCAAGUCGAGGACUACUCAACGAACCUGGCGCAGACUUUGAGCCUACUGGACGAUUCACGGAACCAAAUUAUCCCGGUCCUCUUUGAGAAGUCGCGAUGGACGAUAGUUGCUGUACUUGCGAUUAUGAAAGUUGGUGCUUGUUUUGCACUGCUUGAUCCCGCGCAGCCCGAAGGUCGCCUGCGAACUAUCAUCCAGCAGAUCAAUGCAAAACUGCUUAUCUGCUCGAAAGCGCAAUCCACGCCUGCUGCGCGUAUUGCGCCAUCUGCUACCAUCAUCCCGAUCUCAGAGUCAAAGUUCGAUAGGGUGUACAGUCCAUUUGCGGAACAGCAGCCCAGAACGACUCUUCCGACUGUGUCGCCAUCGCAGCCGUUGUACAUCCAGUUUACAAGUGGAAGUACUGGGUUGCCGAAGGGUUGCAUUAUCACGCACAGUCAGUACACCUCUGGUGCGAUACCGCGAGCCUACGAUGUAGGGUACCGACCGCAUUCUCGCGUCCUGGACUUCGCAAGUUACGCAUUCGAUGUGUGUAUUGACUCGAUGCUUUGCACGCUCGCACACGGUGGAACGUUAUGUACCCCGUCUGAGGAGCGCCGGAUGAACGAUCUUAGUGGCGCGAUGCGUGACAUGCGUGUCACUCUUGCCGGUAUGACUCCCUCCGUCGCGCGGACGCUGGAUGUGGAUAUCCUUGAUCAUUUGGACUCCAUCGCACUGGGCGGUGAAGGUGUGUCCGCAAGCGACGCAGCGUCCUGGGGCCAAAGAACAAAGGUAGUCAAUGCCUAUGGCCCCUCAGAAACUACAGUCGGAGCUACGAUCAACGCUGAUGUAGGAGCCAAGCCGUACAUAACUAUGGGCAAAGGGAAAGGAUGUGCGAUUUGGCUUACCGACCCUGAGGAUCACAAUAAGCUUGUACCCAUAGGUGCGGUCGGAGAGUUGUUGAUCGAAGGCCCGAUUGUUGGCAACGGUUAUCUGAACAACCCAGCUAAGACCAAAGAAGUCUUCAUCGAAGACCCUGAAUUUCUUACGAAAGGCAGCUCGAAGUUGCCAGGUCGCCAUGGACGUAUCUACAAGAGCGGUGAUCUUGUGCGAUACGAUCCCGACGGCAAUGGCGAAGUCAUUUUCGUUGGUCGCCAGGACCAGCAAGUCAAACUUCGCGGCCAGCGUAUUGAGCUCGCUGAAAUCGAGUACAACAUGCAGAAGCACCUGCCCUCGAACACUCAACUAGCAACCGAAGUCAUCAAGCCUGGUGGUAGUGGCGAACCAACACUCGUAGCAUUCCUGGUUGAGCAGAAAUCCAACGGCAUGCGGCAUCUGGACGGCAACAUCUUUGGCAGCUUCUCUAACAAAUUUCAAUCUGCGCUGCAAGAGAUGACGCAACACCUGUUCAAGGAUCUCCCUAGCUACAUGGUCCCAAGUGCCUACAUCCCACUCUGGAAGAUGCCUCUGCUUGUCUCAGCCAAGACUGACAGGAAGCGACUACGAGAGAUCGGCACUUCAGUCACCCGCCAGGAUCUUCGACGCUUCAAUUCUAUGAUGUCGGAGAAGAAGGAGCCUUCAACCGAGAUGGAGCUCAAGUUGGGCCCGCUUUGGGCGAAGGUCCUUGGCGGCGAUGCGGAUUUCAGCGCAAACGAUAACUUCUUCAGCAUGGGUGGUGACUCAUUGAGGGCGAUGAGAUUGGUUGCUGCGGCGAGAGAAGAGGCUGUAGUUCUCACAGUGCCAGACAUCAUGCUUAACCCAACGCUGUCGGCCAUGGCGGCGAAGGCUAAGCCUUUAUCGGGAGAAGAGACUAACGACGUUCCUCCUUUCUCGCUCAUUGGCAAAGACUGGAACGCAGACAAAGCAAAGGCGGAGACUGCAGCACUCUGCAAUGUUGAUGCCGCCCUUGUCGAGGACGUCUAUCCAUGCACACCACUUCAGGAAGGCCUCAUGGCGCUCUCUGCCAAAUUCCAGGACGCAUAUGUCGCCCAACGUGUUGCAACGCUUCCAGUCGACGUAGCAUUCCAGCUAAAGAAGGCUUUCGACACCGUUAUUGAGGACGUUCCCGUACUCCGCACGCGCAUCAUCAAUGUACCAGGUCGCGGCCUUUUCCAGGUUGUGCUUAAAGACGGGCAGCUUGUGCGUGAGCAUGGAUCUGACGCUGCAGAAUUUCUCAAGCUCGACCGUGAGGAGCCCAUGGACCUUGGAACUGCACUCUUCCGCUACGGAAUAGCUCAUGAAACUGGAAGUGACCAAGCGCACUUCGUCAUCACGAUGCAUCAUGCAGUCUAUGACGGCUGGUCGAUGCCUCUAGUCUUUGAUCGAUUCAAUCGUGCGUUUGCAAAUUUGGAAACGACCCGACCUGCGUCAUUCAAGCACUUUAUCAAGCACUUGACUGAGCUUAACCCAGCUGAUGCCAAAGACUACUGGAAAGAGCGACUGGACGGUACCAGUCCCCAUCAGUUUCCUCCUCUGCCGCAAAAGGGAUAUGUUACGCAAGCAGAUUCGCUGCUUGAACACUAUGUCAAUGUUCCCACGUCAGCACACUCAAAGCUCACAAUGGCGACCAUCAUCCGUGGUGCCUGGGCACUCGUGUCCUCGCUAUAUAUGGGCCACCCAGAUAUUGUCUUCGGCGAGACCCUCACUGGUCGCUCAGCACCUGUCCACGGCAUUGAACAGAUUGAAGGACCAAUGAUCACCACCAUCCCUGUGCGUGUCCGACUCAACCUCGACCGCCCCAUCUCCGAAUUCCUUCAAACUGUCCAUGCGCAAACGGUCCAACAAAUCCCGCAUGAGCACUUGGGUCUGCAAAACAUCCGCCGAUUAAGCAAAGAUGCCCGCGUAGCCUGCGAUCUCCGCACCGGCCUCGUACUCCACCCCAAGGAAGACGAAAACUGGGGCGAAUCAGUUGACUUCGAGAUCGCGCCCGCAAAUACAUUCCUCCCAGCCGAUGACGCCGAAGCUGCACGUGAGGCGCUCAAGUUCAACACUUAUGCGCUCAUGUUGGUAUGUACGUUGGAGGAGAAUGGUUUCUUGAUCAUGGCAAGUUUCGAUUCGAAGUGUAUCAGUAAGGAGGCCGCGGAAAGAGUACUUGUGGUGCUAGAUCGCAUCGUCACGGCUUUCUUGGGUAACCCGGAGAGUAAGCUAGGCGAUGUAGCGGUAUUGAACUCGGACGAGGCGUACGAUGCACUUGCAAUGAGGCCGGAGGACGUUCUGACUGACAGUGCGGUUGGAUUGUCGCCCGUGGAUAGCCCAGCCUCGGAAAGUGCACCAUCGAAGGCGUUGUCGCCAAACGAAGAAAAGCUGAGAGGCCUAUUGAGUCGCAUUCUAGGUAUUUCUGAGACGGAUAUCAAUCCUAGCGAUAGUUUCUUCGAACUUGGGGGUGACUCUAUCGGAGCGAUGAGGCUUGUUUCUGAGGCAAGGGCACAGGGCCUGAACAUCAACGUUGCUCAGAUCUUCCAAAGCAAGUCGCUGUCCGAGCUGGCUUCUUCAUUUGGUAACGAGAGAGAAGACAAACUGCUGAACCUGCUCAGCCGUAUUCUCGGUAUGCCAAAGAACGAAAUCAAAGGCAGCGAUAGCUUCUUCGAGUUGGGAGGAGACUCGAUCGGUGCAAUGCGUCUAGUCUCGGAUGCUCGCGCUCAAGGCUUGAACAUUUCCGUCGCCCAAGUCUUCCAAAGCAAGUCGCUGUCUGAACUUGCGUCCUCUGCUACAGAAGCAGCCUCAUCGCAGCCUACAACCAAUGUUGAUGUGCCGUUCGCUGCCUUGGGUAAAGAUGCUUCAUUGUACAGCGCUGAUCGUAUGUGCUCGUAUCUCGAAAAUCCGGAGUGGAACAUCGUGGACAUCUAUCCCACACGACCACUUCAGCAACUCGCCAUUGAAGGAACCGUUGACCUUCCGCGUUACUCACUGCGCUAUGAACUUCUCAAGUUCACUACACCCAUAGACAGCAAGAAGCUCGCUCAAGCAUGUCAGGAGCUCGUAGCCCGCAACGAAGUCCUGCGCACGGUCUUUGUCGUUGACGGCGACAAGACACUCGGUGUUGUGCUAUCCUCUCUAGAGGUACCCUACAGCGAGAUAUCUGUUCCUGAAGGUGAUGACAUCAAUACCUUUGCACAGAAUAGUGUGCACGAGGACAUCGAAGCACCUAAACCACAUGGCUCGUCCUUUGUGGCAUUCACACUCUUCACCUCGCCCUCGACUGGCGCGUCUACGCUUGCGUUCCGCAUCUCGCACGCGCAAUACGACGAAAUAUGCCUACCCAUACUCUUCUCGCAACUCUCUGGCCUGUACGCUGGAACGGAAGUCCCAGAGACCGUGCCCUUCUCCAAACACGUAAACCACGUGGUCUUGGACAACUUACCGAAGGCGAUACCUUACUGGCAGCAACUUCUCUCAGGCUCACAGAUGACGGUGUUGAAACCGGAGAUACCACUUACCCAUCGCAAAGCAGCAGACAUCUAUCUCGAAUUCGACAUCUCCAAUCGCCCAGCAAACAUCACAAUUGGCUCGCUGCCUACCGCUGCAUGGGCGCUCGUCCUCUCCAAACGUCUCAGCCUCCGCGACGUCGUCUUCGGCGAAGUUGUGACAGGCAGGAACAUUGGCGCCCCUUCUGCGGAUCGCAUCUUUGGACCAACGUGGCAGUACAUUCCCUUCCGUGUACCCUUCAACUCCACCUGGACGUACCUCGAUCUCCUGAACUUCGUGCAGAAGCAGCACAUGGAGUCUGCUGCCUUCGAGGGUAUGGGAUUCACUGAAAUCGUCGACAACUGCACAGCUUGGGAUUCCAAGGCGGUGCAGUGGUUCGAUACAGUGGUGCAUCAGGCACCGCAGUGGGUGGAGGAGUUGCCGUUUGGCGAGACGGUCGAGGCGAAAUUCGAGACGUUAUAUCCACAUGCUGAGCCGUUGAGGGAGUGGAAAUGUCAAGCGUUUGUUAAAGAGGGUGGUAAGAAGCUAGGCAUCGAGAUCGUAACGUUCGAGGAAUGGAUACCGGUUGCGGAAGAGGUGCUGAAGGAGGUUGGGGAGGCAUUGGGGCGAUUGAUGGGUGGGAAGGCUGGGGAAAGAAUUUUUGAUGACGCGGGGGACGCAGGUGGUGCCGAGCCCAAGAAGCAAAGCUUGGAAGACUUUGAAGGUGUGAUGUAACGUCGUCUGAUUCUACUAGCGUAUGUGGGUUGUUCUUGUCACUCUAACUUGUAGAGUCUCUUAGCGCUAGAUUCGUCUCAAAUGUUAUCUUUUCUUGCCUGAUGCAUCGAAUUCCAAGUGCCGUGUUUCAGUCAACCUUGCAUCUCUACGGUUUUCCACACUCUUUUUCCAUGGUCAGCUUGAUCAAGUGAAGGAGCAGAUCUUCGAAGAUCUUCAGGGUCUGAUCUAAUCUGCGCUUUAUGCUCAAGGCUCUGGAGGGUGUUGGUAGAACAGCUGUUGAUGUAAGUUGUACAAUCGUUA